AGCAAAUUCUAUUAAAAUUGAAACUCCGAGUGAUGAAGAGAAUGGGAGAACCUGUGACACAAAUGGUGAAGAGUGUGCUGAAGACUUACGCAUGAUAGAUACUUCUGUGACAAAAUUGAACGGACCACACAAUGGCCAAGGCAACAAAGCAUUUACUGGAGUUGGUGGCAUUCGACUUCCAAAUGGCAAGCUGAAGUGUGAUAUCUGUGGAAUAAUUUGCAUUGGCCCAAAUGUCCUCAUGGUGCACAAACGUAGCCACACUGGGGAGCGCCCCUUCCAAUGCAAUCAGUGUGGUGCAUCUUUUACUCAGAAAGGCAAUCUACUUCGCCACAUUAAGUUGCACUCUGGUGAGAAGCCAUUCAAGUGCCAUCUUUGCAACUAUGCUUGUCGCCGUAGAGAUGCACUGACAGGUCAUCUGCGGACUCAUUCUGUUGGAAAGCCUCACAAAUGUAGCUAUUGUGGGAGAAGCUACAAGCAACGCAGCUCACUCGAAGAACACAAAGAACGUUGCCACAAUUACUUGCAAACCAUGGGACUGCAUAGUGGUAUUUAUUCAG